UGCCACAUCACUAACAGUACCACGCCAGCAGUGCCAAAGUGCCACGUCAGCAGUGCCCAGCCACCAUUACGGGCUCAGCUCUGGGCAUGCCAGCCCAACUGGCCAACGAGUCCAUUGCCGAGUACAAACAGCGGUUCCAGACUCAGCUCGCACUAAUCGAGGCUGAGGAACAGCGCCAGGUGGCAGCCGAGGCUGUCCGCCUACAGGCUGAAGCGGCGGCAACAGCUGAGAAACAGCGACUUCAAGCCGAAGCUGAAGCAGAUACCCAGGCACGCCGCAAGGAGGCCCAGGAUCUGCUACAGCGGCAUGAAGCCACCAGCAUAGAAAAGCCCAAGUUUUGGCACUUUGAACCAUCCGAGGAGCUCGGCGACGCGAUACCGGAGGAGCAGCACAAGGAAUUCAUGGCCAAACUCGUGACUAGGUUGGUUUACACUUGUAACCACCUGCAGUCCGAGUUGGCGAACCUCCAGCGGGUCGUACGGAACCACAAGGCUCAGCACGAGGAUGCAGCACGGGCACUUGAUUCCCGUGUACAGGACUUGGAGCAAACUGCACCAAGACCGGAGGCUGGCGAGUCCAGCAGUGCACCCUCUGCCCGCCAACUGGAGGAACGAGUUGACCGCGUGGUCGCAAUGCUCAGCGACAUCAGUACCUUCGUUGCACCAGCCACCAUCAGCAACCAGCUGGACACCUUGAAGACCGAGGUUCAGCAACUGCAGCUGCCUAACAAGGAUGGCAACACCACGCAGCACUACAAGAUGCCGACAUUCCAAAUCAAGAAGUUCGAUGAUUAUACGCAUCAAGACCCGGUCCUCUGGUGGGAGGGCUUUACGACGCAACUUCGGAUUCUGUUCGUCGCCAAGCACGCGUACAUCGGCGCGUUGUUCCUCAACUCAAAGGGCGGAAGUCAUACCUGGCUGAGCCACCUGGCAACCGUCCACGGCGUCGACAUCGCAGAUCUGAAAGAUAAGAUCUCUUGGGAAGAGUUAACACGACUAUUGAAGAAACAGUUCAUCAUAGACGACGCCCCGACGCUCGCCAUCAACCGCCUCUUUGCUAUGACGCAAGGCAACACAUCGACACGUGACUGGCUCACGGAAUGGCAAAAGAUCGCGGCAACGCCCGAUCUUGACUUGCCAUUUUCGCAUCGGCGCCGAGAGUUCUACAACCGGUCAUGUGCCGCCUUGAGCCUUGCACUUGGUGAUCGCGAGCAAUACGCAACCUUCGCUGAAAUCAUCGACAAAGCAAGGGAGAUCAUCAAGACCAAUAGGGCAGCUGCACAUGAGAAAUCAGCAUGGCAGCCAACCUAUGUGGAGAAGGUGAAAACUGGUCCGCAACCGCAGCAUGUCACUGCAGUCCAAUCGGACAACAUUGUGGAAGACCCGGCAACCACCCAAGCGUCACGUGAGGGAGAUCAGGUGGCUGUUGUCCAGCCGCGAAGCAACAACAAGUCCCGAGGAAACGGGAAGGCGAAAACCACAUCGCCGGCCGAAAACGGACAGCCAGCACAAUGGGUCAAGUUUCACUUGACCGAGGUGGAAUACAAGUGGCGCGGCAGCUACGGAUGCUGCUAUUGGUGCAAUGACACCAAGCACAAGACCUCCCAAUGUCCGGAUCAAGGCAAGGAGGAUGUUCGGCCUCUACCAACUCCGUUGAUGGACGCCAGAGUAGAGGUUGUCGACCUUCACGCCUACAUUGCGAAGAUCGACCGCGAGUUCAAGACACAACGCGAGGAAGAGUCAAGUGUGCUACGGGCACAACUCGACGACCUUCUGGAGAAAGGCUGGAUUCGGCCUAGCUCAUCGCCAUACGGUGCUCCGGUUCUCUUCGUCCGGAAGAAGAACAAGGAUUUGCGGUUGUGCAUCGAUUAUCGCAAGCUCAACAUGCAAACGAUCAGAAACGCCGGCCCUCUUCCACGCAUCGACUACCUCCUCGAGCGGCUGGGCGGCGCCAAGUUCUUCUCCGAGCUUGACCUCAAGUCGGGAUAUCACCAACUCCAGAUUAGGCAGGAGGACCGCUACACGACCGUGUUUAAGACGCGAUAUGGGCAUUUCGAAUGGCUGGUUAUGUGGUUUGGCCUUACGAAUGCUCCGGCCACUUUCCAAGCGGCUAUGACAACGGAGUUCCGACACAUGCUGGAUCGAUACGUACUUAUCUACCUCGAUGACAUCCUAGUGUACAGCCGGAGUUUGGAGGAGCAUGUGGAACACUUGCGCACCGUUUUGGAGCGGCUACGACAAGCCAAGUACAAAGCCAACCGCGACAAGUGCGAUUUCGCACGGCAGGAGCUGGAGUACUUGGGACAUUAUGUGACGCCGCAAGGCAUCCGUCCACUUGCGGACAAGAUCGAGGCCCUCCGCGUAUGGCCCGAGCCCACCAACACCACGGACAUUCGUUCAUUCAUGGGGUUGGCGGGCUACUAUCAACGAUUCAUCACCGGGUACUCAAGGAUUGUUGCACCUAUGACGAGAUUACAAUCGCCAAAGGUGCCAUUUGUGUUCGAUGAUGACGCACGUCGGUCAUUCCAAGCACUUAAGACGACCAUGCUCAUGGCACCCGUCCUUAGCAUCUAUGACCCCACCCUGCCAACGAGAGUGACAACCGACGCUUCCUGCUAUGGCAUUGGGGCAGUCUUGGAACAACACGAUGGCGACGACUGGCACCCUGUGGAGUAUUUCAGCCACAAAGUGCCUCCCAUCAAUUCACUUGAUGAUGCAAGGAAGAAGGAGUUGCUCGCGUUCGUGAUGGCUCUCAAGCGAUGGUGGCACUUCCUCCUUGGGCAUCGUAGGUUCACAUGGGUCACGGACAACAACCCAUUGACCUACUACAAGUCGCAGGAUAUGGUGAGCAGCACGAUCGGACGAUGGAUGUACUUCAUCGACCAAUUUGACUUGACACCGAAACAUUUUCCCGGCCUCUCCAAUCGCGCAGCAGAUGCACUCUCGCGAAGACCUGAUCUUUGCGCUAUGACACAUCAUGCCUUCGCAUUCGACGAGGAACUUCAGCAACACUUCAUCCGGGGCUAUGAGUCUGAUCCGGAUUUCGCCACGUUGUAUGCGCAACUAUCUUCGGAUCACCCGCCGACCAGCCACUAUCGCAUCGUCGAUGGGUACUUGCUUCUCCACUCGAGAGGCAAGGACUUAUUGUGUGUCCCACGCGACCGUCGUAUUCGGACUCGCCUUCUCGGUGAGUACCAUGACUCGCGACUCGCCGGCCAUWCUAGAGUCAAUCGCACUAUUGCACGAMUUCGGCAACGAUUCCGAUGGCCCGACCUCAUUACCAAUGUCACUCGGUACUGCAACUCUUGCGAAGUUUGCCGACGAAGCAAACCCCGCAACCGCAACCCCUACGGCGAGUUGCGCCCGAUGCCGAUCCCACGGGAACCUGGUCUCUCCAUUGCCAUGGAUGUCACCGGACCAUUUCCUCACGACUGCCUCGUGCACGAUGACAUCCUCACGGUCGUGGACCGUUUGAGUAAGUACGCACGUUUUCUCUCUUGCAAGUACUACUCCACGGCUCCCGAGCUGGCACGCCUCUUGCACACCGGCUGGAUUUGCGGCCACGGUGUACCGGAAGACAUAGUCAGCAACCAUGACACUCGCUUCAUGUCGGCAUUUUGGACUGCUCUCAUGCAGGAGUCCGGCACGAAGAUGAAACCAAGUUCGGCUGCUCAUCCACUGACGGACGGGUAACGGAGUGGGCACAUCAAACCGCUCAAAUGAUGCUUCGUACGCUCAUCCGUCCGGACCAGAAAGAUUGGGUUGACCGCUUCCCCGAC